AUGGCUGUUGCUCUCUGUGUACAAAAUGGAUUGCUUACCUACAACGAACUAGUUACAAAAUAUUGGCCAGAAUAUGGACAAAAUGGAAAAGAAAAUACAACUAUAGCUGAUAUUAUGUCACAUCGCGCAGGAUUACCUGCAUUGAGUAACUAUAAUUUAUCACUCGAUCAACAUUUAGAUUGGUAUGAAAUGAUUCACGCUCUAGAGAAACAAUCUCCAUAUUGGAUACCAGGUACUAUGCAUGGUUAUCAUGCACUGACGUACGGCUGGUUAGCUGGUGAACUUGUCAGACGUGUUGAUACAAAGCAUAGAACGGUUGGACAAUUUAUUCGAGAAGAAAUUGCUGAUAGAACGGAAAGCGAAUUUUAUAUUGGUUUACCAGCUGACAUGGAGCAUCGUGUAUCCCCUCUAGCCUUAAAAUCCAAUGAGCAGCAAGUAGUGCUAAAUAUAGAAAAUUUUCCGUUACUACAAGAAAGCAUGAGAAACCCUUUAUUAGAGUCAGACAUAUUUAAUGAUCCGCGUGUCCACCAAGCAGAAAUUCCAGCAGUAAAUGGAAUAACAAAUGCCCGUUCAUUAGCUCGAAUCUAUGCGUCGUUAAUUGGAGAUUUGGAUGAUGAAAAACUAAAACGCUUGUUAAAUGAAGAAACUUUAAAAAUAGCAAUAAAAUCGAAUACACCCGAAAAUGAACCUGACCAAGUUGGAAUGAAUUUACCCACCUCAUGGGGAAUGGGUUUUAUGACUUACGGCGAAUUAUUUAAUCCAUUCGGUCAGGGAACAUUUGGGCAUACUGGUAGGUAG